AUGGCCCCAACGCCAAAAGGAACAGCCAAGCACCUCUAUGAAGUCGUGACAGCGGAUCCUCACCUGGUGUCAUUCCGGGACCAUUGCCAAAGGCCGGACAACUUGGAAGACCAACCACUGGAAGUGGAUCUGGAGGAUCAUGUUAGCUUCUGGCGUAAGAUGGGGGAACACAAAGGUUCAGAGCCACACGGCUUGCACAAUGGCCAUUUCAAAGCGGGAGUAGCAUCCAACUUGCUUGCCUGCUGUGACACGAUCUUUUGCUCCAUCCCUUUUGCUACAGGAUUUGUCCCAGCCCAGUGGUGCCACCUGCUCAACUUUGCAAGUGAGAAGAAACCAGGCAAGAUUUGGGUGGACCUCAUGCGCACAAUUCAAAUGAUGAAUUCAGAGCUACAGGCCAACAACAAGAGAGUGGGGAAAUCGGCCAUUGCCUAUGCAGAGCAGUACAACCUGAUCCCAAAGGGACAACACAGGUCUUGCAAGUGUCACCAGGCCAUAAAUCUGGCCCUUACAAAGCAUCUCACUUGGGACCUCUUGCAUUGCCAAUGCCGCCCUGUCGGAUGGAUCUCCAACAAUGCCAAGUCCUGCUUUGAUUGUCCAGUGGAUGGCCAUCAUUAG